UUGGACUCCAGGGCCGAAGAGCAGCUGAUUCUUGUCUCUCUUUCGGUCAGUGCCCAGACAGGUCCCAGGGUGGAAAGCUGCUUCGCCACUGGCUGCAGGGCCUCCAAACUCCACCAUGGAAGAGGAGCAGGCAGAAAUCCACCAGGGGCUGCGUCAAUGCUGCUAGUGAGCAUCGCGGGACAUUCCUGUACAGAAGGGACCAACAACCCAAAUCCGAACUGGAAACAGACAGACACGACACUGAUGCAACCAGAAGCAGGAUGGGGCUGCCGUUGACGGAGUGGUUAUGGCGGGCCAAAUACUGGCUCCCUCCGGGGAUCACCUGGGAAGACAUGAAGGAGACGGAGGAGAUCCGGUACCCACAACCCCACCACCUGCUCCUCGGCGUCCCGCUCGCUCUGCUGCUGGUCGCGAUCCGCCUCGUCUUUGAAAGGAAGGUUGCUGUACCCCUGAGCGAGAGGAUGGGACUGCGGGAGAAGGUCCGACGGAAACCAGCACCCAACCCGGUCCUGGAAGCGUUUUACGUCACGCGCAAGAAGCCCCCGAAAGAGAGCGAACUGGGCAGCUUAGCCAAGCGCUGUGAUCUCCACCCUCGGCAGGUGGAGCGGUGGUUUCGAUGCCGGCGCAACUCGAACCGUCCAACGUUAACCAAGAAGUUCUGCGAAGCCUGCUGGAGGUCAACAUUUUACUUCACUUCAUUUACCACUGGGUUGGCUGUCCUCUAUGAUAAGCCCUGGUUUUGGGACCACCGCGAGUGCUGGGUUGGCUACCCGCAGCAGCCGCUCCUGCCGUCCAUCUUUGGCUACUACAUGCUGCAGCUGUCGUUCUACUGCUCCUUGGUCCUCACCCUCCCAUUCGACAUCAAGCGGAAGGACUUCCACGAGCAAGUGGUCCACCACGCCGCCACCCUCUUCCUGAUCAGCUUCUCGUACUGUGCCAACUACAUCCGGAUCGGCACCUUAGUCAUGAUCAUUCACGAUAUCUCAGAUUGUUUCCUAGAGCCCACAAAAAUCUUCAAUUACCUGAAAUGGCGCCGGACGUGCAACACCCUUUUCCUCACUUUCUCUGCCGUUUUUCUCUUCACCCGCCUUGUGAUUUUCCCCUACAAGGUUCUCUACAACACCUAUUACUACUCCAUGGAGAUCUUCCAGCCGUUCUUCGGAUACUAUUUCAUGAACGCCCUCCUGAUGAUCUUACAACUCCUCCACCUCUUCUGGUCCUUCCUGAUUGUUCACAUGGUUUACAGGUUCUCCAUUGCUGGCACGAUGGAAAAGGAUCUGAGGAGCGACUCGGACGAAAGUGAGAAGGCCGAGGACGGAGCAGGGCCUGAGAAGGACGCCAAGAGGAACGGGAACCUCCACGCUGAGCCCAACCACAACGGGAACUGCAUCUCAAAAGAGACCCCUUUGCAGCUGAAUGGGGCCAGUAGGCACGCCAAAACCAGAUAACCCCCCAAGCCGGCACUGCUGACCGCCCGGCCUCUCCUUGACCGCUCAAGCUGCCCCCCCAAGCCUCAUUUUGCCUUUGCUUCUGGUAGGCCUCAGAAGGGCGUAACCGUAGACUUUCUAGCUGACCCCUCUGCUUCCUGCAGGAAAACAGAACGAAGAAAAGAGGGGGAAAUAACCCACGUAGGAGGAUAGGGCUUUGAUUUUCCAUUAUCGUAUCAUCGUGGUCAGUUUUUAGAGUCUCAAGGUUGGGGUUUUAAAAAAGGGGGUUUAAGGGAUCGUGUGGAACAAAAAACAGCCUCACCGGUGACCAUCAGCUGGUCCUGGGUGCAACGCGGUGAGGCUGUUAGUUAAGAGGCAUAAAACGCUCCCUCCAAAGGUCCCCAGCCGGAUCCUGGAGCUAUCCGUCGGCUCCUGCCGGCGUUCUGGAAGCUGGCGCUGAAGCCACGUGCGCGAUCCGGGCUCGCGGACCUGGGAGGAAAAAAAAGGGAGAGUUUAACAAAACUAAAUGAAGCAUUCAAUCCAGGGAAGAAACGGAGGUGGGAGCUGGGAGGCGGUGACGCUGUCGCGGGCAGCCGAGUCUCUGGGCGUGAGAGGGACAAGAGUGGUGUCCGAGGGACAGAAGGGUGUGCUCUUGUGAUUUUUGUUUGGGGGGGGAGGCAUGGAGGGUUGAGGUUGAGAGGAAAGAAGGAGGGAGUCGAAGGGCCCUGAAGAGGCUGGUGGUGGAACCAUUUGUCCGAAGGAUCACGGCAAGUUGAGAGAGAGAGACAGAGAGGAUUUUUUUCUGCAUGGGAGGCUGCAGGAGGAGACAAGGAAGCAGAUGGAGAAAACCAAGGUUUCCGCUUCUUUAUUGGCACCCCUAAGAAUAGGGCGCUACCGUUUGAGACUUGGGGGCCGCCCGCCCCCUCCCCAAGGGGAAAGAGGGGAGGUUCCAGACCCUUAUAUUAUGAUUUCCAGGACAUCCCCAUCGCCCCCCUCAAAGCCACGGGGAAUCAGGGUGGGUGGGUGAUGUGUCUCCUCCUGGCUGCAAUUUCUUCCCGCAGCUGCUCGGCUCCACCGCCCGGUGGCAUAGACACCGCCUCACUCGACUGCUGGAACCAAUAAUAAACUAAUUCUAGGAAACAGA